CUCCACCACCAAUGAUGCCACAAAUAAUGCCGCAAAUGCCUUGUGCACCACCACCAAUGAUGCCACAGAUAAUGCCGCAAAUGCCUUGUGCACCACCACCGAUGAUGCCACAACAACACUGUGCACCACCGCCAAUGAUGCCACAAAUAAUGCCUCAAAUGCCCUGUGCACCACAACAACAAAUUAUGCCACAAAUGCCAAUGCCUCAAAUGGGACAAAACUGUUGUUCGAUGUCACUGCAGUUACCAUCAGUAGGUCCGCAACAAGCUUAUGGUUCACCAGGUAUGAUGGGUGGUUUUGGAGGAUUAUCAUCAUAUGGAGGAUCUAGUCAAGCAUUACCACAAUUUGGUGGUGGACUUGGUGGAUAUGGUGGACUAUCAAGUAUUGCUGCUAGUCCAUUCGGAAGUAUGAGUGGAUUUGGUCAAGCUGGUUAUGGUGGAGCAGGCCAAGCCGGUUAUGGUGGAUUUGGUCAAGCCGGUUAUGGUGGACUAGGUCAAGCUGGUUAUGGUGGAUUUAGUCAAGCCGGUUAUGGUGGACUUGGCCAGGCCGGUUAUGGUGGACUAGGUCAAGCCAGUUAUGGUGGACUUGGUCAAGCAGGUUAUGGUGGAUUUGGUCAAGCAGGGUUUAGCCAAGCAGGAUAUGGUCAAGCAGGGUUUGGCCAAGCAGGAUAUGGUCAAUCAGGUUUCGGUGGACUCGCAGGUUAUGGUCAACAAAGUUUGGGAGGAUAUGGUCAGCAAAGUUUUGGAGGAUUCGGUGGUUUUCCUCAAGCUCAACCACAACAACAAUUUGGAGGCUUCAGCAGUUUUCCUCAAGUUCAACCACAACUUAGCAGUAUGUAUCCACAACAAUCAUAUGGAGGAUACGGUCAAACUGGACUCGCAAGCUAUGGUCAACAAGGCUUUGGAGGUUAUGGUCAACAAAGCUUUGGAGGAUUCGGUGGUUUUCCUCAAGCUCAACCACAACUUAGUAGUAUAUAUCCACAGCAACAAUUUGGAGGAUACGGUCAAUCAGGUCUUGCAAGCUAUGGUCAACAAAGUUUUGGUGGAUAUGGUGGUUUCCCUCAAGCUCAACCACAACUUAGUAGUAUUUAUCCACAACAAUCAUAUGGAGCCUUUCCUCAACAACCAUCGUAUGGUGCCUUACCACAACAAUCAUAUGGAGGUUUUCCACAACAAUCUCAUAGUGGUUAUCUAGGAGGUGCUUAUCCACAAUAUGGAGGUGUAUCUCAACCAUCUGCCUAUGCACAACCAGCUGCUUAUGCACAACCAGCUGCCUUUCCACAAUUUGGUGGCUUUCCACAACAAGCUGCCUUCCAACAACCAGCUGCUUAUCCACAACAAGCUGCUUAUCCACAAUUUGGUGGCUUUCAACAACAAGCUGCUAUGCCACAGUUUGGUGCUUUUCCUCAGCAAGGUGCUUAUCCACAACCUGGUGGCUACCCAGCAAUGGGUAGUGCACAUUUAGGUGUACCAGGUUGUAGUGGACGAGUAAGAAUCGUAUGUUGCGCUAUGCCUGAGUAA